AUGGCGGAGCCCAUUCCUGCUUCUGUUGCCAGCCAGGUUUUCCCAGAGGACUUGCCGUUGCCCGCCGAGCCCGAACCAGCCCAAAGACCUCCAGAGGCGCCAGUCUUCCCUUCUCUCCAACACAAUGACCAGUCGAGCCGCGCUUCAUCCGAGGCGCCUCUCGUGUCGACACGUCUCGGAGAGGCAGACAAUGAUGAUGAGGCUACUGUAGCGAAGCCCUUUGUGCGAACCGCCAGCCCAGAUUCCGGUGCACCCAGGGCCCAUACUGCGAUGCCCGACAAGGACGACAAAACGCCAGAUCGACUUGCCUACAAAAUGCACAAAUUCAAUCUGUACGAGACAGCGAGCCGAUACUACAUAGUGGGCGUGGACGUGAGCGAGAAGUGGUAUCGCAUUCUCAAGAUCGACUGUACGGGCGACGGAUCCGAACUGAGCAUGACGGACGACAAGAUUGUGUACAGCCUCAAGCAAAUGAACCAGCUUUUGGACACCAUCGAUCACGGGAACAGGGGCACGGGUGGUAUCAAGUUGCGGUGCACCACAUGGGGCUUGCUGGGAUUCAUCAAGUUCACCGGACCCUACUACAUGCUCCUGAUCACCAAGAAAAGCACGGUGGCCAUGAUCGGUGGCCACUACAUCUACCAGAUUGAAGGCACCGAGCUGGUACCCCUCGUCCCUUCUCGCUUCAAGACGGACUCGCGAAAUACGGAAGAGCAGAGGUUCUUGGGCAUUCUCAACAACCUCGACCUCACGAGGUCCUUCUACUACAGUUACUCCUACGAUGUCACCGGGACCCUGCAGCAUAAUGUCACGCGCGAGCGUGAGAACCUUGCCAAAGGUCAGUUCACCGCCUCAGAGGACGACCUCAACUCCAUGUUCGUGUGGAAUGACUACCUCUUGCAGCCGGCGGUCAAAGCUUUGCGUGAUCCCUUUGACUGGUGUCGUCCCAUUAUCCAUGGCUACAUUGAUCAGGCAGCCCUCUCCAUCUAUGGCCGGACCGCUCAUAUCACCGUGAUUGCCAGAAGAUCCCGCUACUUUGCUGGUGCGCGGUUCCUCAAGCGUGGAGCGAAUGACCUGGGCUACGUUGCCAACGAUGUCGAGACGGAGCAAAUCGUAGCUGAAUCGCUCACAACAUCCUUCCACGCGCCCGGGCCUCGGCUGUACUGUAGCCCGCAGUAUACUUCGUACGUACAACAUCGAGGGAGCAUACCAUUGUACUGGACGCAAGACAACACUGGUGUCACUCCGAGACCUCCAAUCGAAGUCAACCUGGUCGACCCUUUCUAUUCUGCGGCGGCACUGCACUUUGACAACCUCUUUGAGCGCUAUGGCGCUCCUGUCUAUGUCGUUAAUCUCAUCAAGUCCAAGGAAAGGCAGCCUCGCGAGUCGAAGCUUCUGGACGAGUACACGGACGCCAUCAACUAUCUGAAUCAGUUCCUUCCUGUAGACAAGAAGAUCAUACACAAGGCUUGGGACAUGAGUCGGGCAUCCAAGGUUCGGGGCGGGGACGUCAUCGGGAACCUUGAGGUCAUUGCGGAAUCCGUUCUCAAAACGACCGGCUUCUUCCAGAACGGUGAUGGCGAGACGAGCCCCAUGAGCGCCCAGAACGGCGUCGCACGAACAAAUUGUAUCGACUGUCUCGACCGCACGAAUGCCGCCCAGUUUGUCAUAGGCAAGCGCGCGCUAGGCCACCAGCUUCAUGCCCUGGGCAUCAUCGAAGACGUCACGGUCGAGUACGACACCGACGCCGUCAACCUAUUCACGCACAUGUGGCACGAUCAUGGCGACACCAUCGCCGUCCAGUACGGUGGCUCACAGCUCGUGAACACGAUGGAGACGUAUCGGAAGAUCAACCAGUGGACAAGCCAUUCACGCGACAUGAUUGAGAGCUUCAAGCGAUAUUACAACAACUCCUUCUUGGAUAGCCAGCGCCAAGAGGCGUACAACCUGUUCCUCGGCAACUACAUCUUUGCCCACGGACAGCCAAUGCUGUGGGAUCUCGCCACGGACUACUACCUCCAUCAUGCCAACCCGAGGGACUGGUCCAACAAGGCAGGUAAAGGGUAUAUAAACUGGUACACGCCCGAGUUCCUCGCGGAAAGAAAGCUGCCGCCACUGGUCCCGCUCAGUCGGUCAAUACGUGCGCGUCCAGUCGAGUUCUUUGACGACUACUGGCUCGAAUACUAUCGCCCAUCCACCCUAUCGUCCUUCCCCAAGAUGUUUGCGUACAAGAUGAACUCGACCAUCAAGUACAUCCCAUUCAAAUCGACGCAGGACGGUCGAUACGAUCUCAGCCCUUUCCGAGUCCGCACCGAUGCCGAUACGCACGCUGAAAGCAAAAAGCACCGCAGAGGUGUCUCGCUGAUCUCGCAGGCAGGCUCGCCGCUGUAUCAGCAGGAAGGAGUCGACGAUGACACCGCCUCCAUUGCGUCCGGCCAGACCGCAUCAAGAGGUAUCCAGCGCUGGCUGCAGAUGCCCGCUCCGCAGGGCAGAGCCCCUCAUCCAUUCCACAGAGCAGCGUUCCCUCCGACGCAGAUUGAAGAGGCGGCGCCAGAGAGGAAGAACUCGACCAUGCCAGAGAAGAGCGAAAAGUCCAAAAGCGCACAGUGGACCUUCCAGAAGGCUGUCAUCGAGUCGCUGAACCCCACCGUGGAGGAGCAUGAGGAGGCAGACUAUGUCCAGUACAUCCAGCACCCGCAGCAAAUGCCACUCGUCACGUCCACAGACACACCAGUCGACGUCGACGCUUCUGAAUACCAGGAGUACGUAUCGGGAGACUGGCAGGCCGAGGGGCUCAUGGUGACGGGCGACGAGGAAGAGAUUGCGCUGUACGCGGAGAUGCUCAAAGUCGGCGAGAACCCCCUCACCGUGACGGAAGAGGACGGGCCCAAGAAGCGGUACAAGGCCUAUCGAAAGUGGCUCCGGGGCAAGUCGUUCUUCAAGCAGCAGCCGCUGGACUGA